ACUUAAUCAGGGACAGUGCGUGUGGCAGCUGACAGUGGACUGCUGUAAUCAUGCUCAAAGCAAUAAACAAGACAAAUCUCAGGCAACUGUCUGGCCUGAUUCAGAGGUUUCAGAGCACUCUGGUUGUUGCCGAACACAAUAAUGAGACGUUGACACCGAUCACAUUGAACGCCAUCACCGCUGCCACCAAACUGGGCAGUGAUGUGUCCUGUUUGGUUGCUGGAACGAACUGUGCAAAGGUUGCAGAGCAGCUGUCCAAAGUUCAAGGGGUGAAGAAAGUUCUGGUAGCUCAGCAUGAAGCCUAUAAAGGAUUGUUGCCUGAGGAGCUGACGCCACUCAUCUUGGCGACCCAGAAACAGUUUAGUUUCACACACAUUUGUGCCGGAGCUUCGGCUUUUGGAAAGAAUCUUCUUCCUCGAGUGGCCGCCAAGCUGGAUGUGGCUCCCAUUUCAGACAUCAUUGAGAUCAAAUCUCCAGACACUUUUGUGAGGACCAUUUAUGCCGGAAAUGCUCUGAGCACAGUGAAGUGCAAUGAAAGCGUGAAGGUGUUCACUGUCAGAGGAACUUCAUUCGAGCCGGCGGCUGCAGACGGAGGCAGCAGCACUUCAGAGGAAGUCUCUCCGUCUGCGCCUGUCGGAGUCUCGGAGUGGCUAGAGCAAACACUGAGCAAGAGUGACCGGCCAGAGCUUACCAGUGCUAAAGUCGUAGUGUCUGGAGGCAGAGGCUUGAAGAGCGGCGACAACUUCAAACUUCUGUACGACCUCGCAGAUAAGCUGAACGCAGCCGUCGGCGCCUCAAGAGCUGCGGUUGACGCUGGGUAUGUGCCCAACGACAUGCAGGUCGGACAGACUGGAAAGAUUGUGGCUCCUGAGCUGUACAUUGCGGUUGGCAUCUCUGGAGCUAUUCAGCAUCUUGCUGGAAUGAAGGAUAGCAAGACCAUCGUAGCCAUCAACAAGGACCCAGAAGCCCCCAUUUUCCAGGUGGCUGACUAUGGCCUAGUGGCAGAUCUGUUCAAGGUUGUACCUGAGCUGACAGAAGCCCUGAACAAGUAAGACUUCACAGGAUUAUGCUACUCCACAUGAAAACUUUACAUGAAAACUUUACUAAGACUUUACUUGCCUUAAGAAGCUCUGAACAGAUGCUCCAUUGAUGAUCACCUUCUGAAUGUGAUUGUCCUCCAGAACACUUAAAUCUACUUUCAACAUCACACCACUUCUUGCAAUAAAAGAAUUCCUUGAUACAUGGGAUUGAAGUUUUGUAAGUUGUAAACAAAUUCAGGAUUGUCUGACUUUGCUCCUGGUACACGUUGUACUGCAGAUUUCAGGUCCAAAGCUAAUAAAUGCUAAUUUGUGGUCUUCAGCCUGUCUAGAAGCUUCCAGACCAGUGAUGCACAAACCUGAACUGUGUACAACGUUUACCAUCCAUGAGCAAGAUUGAUCCUUACUUGGCUUAAACUAACGUUAGUGUAGUAGUUCAGCAGUGGUAGGAUACUCUUUAAAUAUUCUUUGUAAUCUGUUUAUGGAAGCAAGUUGAUCUUUGGUAUAUAUUAGUAAGAUUGCAAACUGUUCAUCGAUGUUCACCAUAGUCCAAUAAACCUAUUAAAUAUA